AUGAGCACAACUUCACAACAUCCAUAUCGUCAGGUAUCGGGCAGUUCGUCAUCAGCACCACCAUACCCGGUACUGGACUUUAAUGUUACUAAUAGCCAGAGUGAUAGAUCAGAUAGCUCGCCAAGUAUGACUGAAGUCACCUCGGGCUUGGAAGACAUGCAUAUGACAUCCACAUACAACAAAGGUUCCAAUCACCUGCAACUGCAAUUGCAACAGCAGCAACAGCAAGAGCAAGAGCAACAAUAUCAACAACAACAACAACAACAACAACCAUAUAGAAGCCUAUUGGCAGUCAACGAGCCUCCACCAUCACAACAGCAACAACAGAGAAAUGCAAGUGCUGGUGCUUUUAGCCAAUACAGCGGCUCUAAUAUCAACUUUCCUCCACACUUGGUUCCCAACUUGUCACAAACACAACAAGCACCACAACUACCAACAUCCGACCAUUAUAUCCCUCAACAACAACAGCAGCAACAACAGCAGCAACAGCAACAACAACCGGCCCAAAUCUCACCAGUACGUACUCAAACUUUUGAACAAACUGCUCCAUUUAACCACUCACCAAAGAUUGGUUCAACUGUAAAUGUGAAAUCACCAACCAUGCCAUACCCCAUGUAUGAAACUUCAUCGACACCACCGCCAGUUUUCGGCAACUCCAAGGAUAGCAUUGUGGUUUCACCACCAUCAAACCCAUUGUCAACAGCAUCAUCAGUCACAAACUUAAACUUGAACACAAAUAACACCACAGCAAGCAACCAAAACAACUUAUCAUUGGAUAACCAGAUGUUUAGCAGAUCUGAAAACAACUUGAGCAUGCCAUCACCAAUGGGAAAGUUUGGCCACAGCCGUUCGGUAUCCUCGACCUCAUCCUUCUUUUAUGAGAGAAAUGACAACGCAUCAAUGGUUGAUUUCAACCAAAAUGUCAUUCAGCAAUACCUCGGCUCCAACUCGCAACAUUUAAUGCCCAGAAUCAAAACAUUGGAAUUGUAUCGUAAAAAUGCUAAAAAAUCAAACGAUGCCAAUGUCUUGUUCCAAUAUGCACAGUAUAUGUUGCAAACUGCAUUGCUCUUGGGACAGGAUAUCAAUAACUCGACAAAUGCAAAUGCAGCUGGAAAUACAGCUGCAAACACAAAUACUAACACAAACACAAACACAACUUUGUCAUCACAAUCCUCGGGCGAAAACACUCCUCUGUAUAACAACUCUCCCAGAAAGGGACCUAUGGACGCAAAGGACAGGGACUCCAAAGCUCAUAAGAAAAAUAAAUCUAUUGACUUUUCAAAUAUUGAAUUAGAAGGCAAUGAAAAGAAGUUGAAAAAAUCACUUUUAAAGGAAGCCGUGUUUUACUUGAAGAAACUCUCGGAUAAAGGUUAUGUCGAAGCUCAAUAUUUGUUGGGAGACGCAUAUUCUUCUGGAGCAUUGGAAAAAAUUGAUAAUCGAGAAGCAUUCAUUUUGUUCCAGUCUGCUGCUAAACACGGACACGUUGAAAGUGCAUACCGUACCUCGUAUUGCUAUGAAGAAGGGUUGGGUACCGGUCGCGAUGCACGAAAAGCUGUAGAGUAUUUGAAGAUUGCUGCUGCCAAGAAUCACCCGGCAGCAAUGUACAAACUUGGAGUAUAUUCCUUUUAUUCAAGAAUGGGGUUGCCGAACGAUAUGAAUACAAAGAAGAUGGGUAUCAAAUGGCUUACACGUGCUACUAAUGUUGCGACAGAAUUAACGGCAGCAGCACCAUUUGAGUUGGGCAAGUUGUACUAUAAUGGAUUCGAGGACAUCAUUAUUACCGAUCGUAAGUAUGCGCUCGAACUAUACGCACAAGCUGCAGCAUUGGGGCACACUCAAUCUGCCGCGAUAUUGGGUUCGCAUUACGAGUAUGGCGAUGAUAUUAUCCCACAAGACUCCAACUUAUCCAUACACUACUAUACGCAAGCUGCGUUGGGUGGUGAUGCACACUCGAUGCUUUCAAUGUGUGCAUGGUAUCUCGUGGGCGCUGAUCCUUUUUUGCCCAAGGAUGAAGCCGAAGCGUUUGAAUGGGCCAAGAGGGCAGCGCUGUGCAAUUUGCCCAAGGCGCAGUUUGCGUUGGCAAAUUUCUUUGAGAAGGGAAUAGGAUGUGUAAAGAAUGUUGCUGAGGCACAAAUGUGGUAUAGAAAAGCUGCCGAGAAUGGCGAUGAGAAAAGUCUUGCAAGGUUGACUGACCGUGAAUUGGCAAAGAAUAUACAAAAAAAAUUGAAAAAGUCAGGUAAGUUUGCAUCUGCAAAUAAUUAUGGCCAACCCAGCUACAAUGGAGUAGGUGCAAGUAGUAAUGGACAGCUGACUAGAGCAGGUACCGGAGAUGCAGGGGCUGCAGGGGCUCAGAAAAAGAGAGAUUGUGUCAUCAUGUAA